AAUCCGAAAAGCGGGCGGGAACAGCGGCCACUGGAAAAUAUUCGAACACGCGCUUCCGCUUCAAAAUCUCCCAAACACCACACAUCACUGCAAAUAUUUCCAAUCACCCCGCCUCAACUCAACCAAAAAAAAAAAAAAACCAUUCUCAUGCGUCCUUUCUUAAACCCUCAUUUUGCCUCUUCUUUCCAUUCUCUUCUAAUAACAACUUCUUCUUAAAAACUUCUCAAUGGCUGAUCAAGAUAACUCCACGCGCCGUCCCCAACGUGAAGCAAAGAAAAGAGCAGCCGCUGCAUUAUGCGAACAACGAAAAAAGAAGCGCGUCGCUCUCAGCGACUUAACAAACACUAACAACAAUAUUAACGACGUCGUUUCACAAACGGAGAAACCUGUUUCUGAUAGUCAAAAGCAGAAGAAGAAAAACGACUCUAAAUCAACUCCCGUUGAAUCUCCGGUAACGGAGAAAUCGGAAGAUCCUCAGUUAUGUGGGACAUACGUUUCCGAUAUUUACGAUUACCUUCGUAAAUUGGAGGUUGAUCCUAGUAAAAGACCGUUACAUGAUUAUAUUCAGAAAAUUCAGAGGGAUAUUAGUGCUAUUAUGAGAGGUGUUCUUGUGGAUUGGUUGGUUGAAGUUUCUGAGGAAUACAAGCUUGUUUCAGAUACUCUUUAUUUUUGUGUUUCUUACAUCGAUAGGUUUCUAUCAUUGAAUGAUUUAAGUAGACAGAAGCUUCAAUUACUCGGUGUUUCUUCAAUGUUAAUUGCUUCGAAAUACGAGGAGAUAAAGCCACCUGAGGUGGAGGAUUUUUGUUACAUUACCGACAACACAUACUCCAAAGAAGAGGUUUUGAGCAUGGAAGCUGAUAUAUUGAAGUCUUUGAAAUUUGAAUUGGGUGGCCCUACAAUAAAGACAUUUCUAAGAAGAUUUACUAGAGUUGCUCAAGAGGGCGUUGAUGCUUCUGAGUUGCAGUUUGAGUUCCUUUGCUGUUACCUUGCUGAGCUCAGUUUGUUGGAUUAUAAUUGUGUAAAGUUCUUGCCUUCUAUGGUGGCCGCAUCAGUUGUAUUUCUAGCACGAUUUAUGUUAAGCCCGAAGACUCAUCCUUGGAAUUCAGUGCUCUAUCAACUCACCAGAUAUAAACCUGCUGAAUUGAAGGAAUGCGUUCUAAACUUACAUGACUUGUAUCUUAGUAGGAAAGGGGGUACGUUGCAAGCUGUGAGAGAUAAAUACAAACAACAUAAGUUCAAAUGUGUGGCAACAACACCCUCUCCUCCGGAGAUAUCUCUUUCUUAUUUUGAAUUUAGAGGGGCAGAUCCUUAGGCAAUUCGGUCUUUGAUUUUUCUUGCUAUAGUUCUUAGUUUCAACUAUGGGUUGAGGCAUGAGCAAAAGAGUCUACUAACAUUGAAGAUUGAAGUGAGUUGCUGAUGCUGAGUGAGGGGCUUGCCAUGAAAUACUAUGGCAUUUAAUGUAUCAAUUGUUGGUCUCACUGACUUUAUGACUGAAUUCAUGUAUGGCACAAUAUUAUUCCUGUUAGUUUUGAAUUAGGUUUUCUUUUUAACAAUUUAGAGAUCUCUUUGCAAGAGUUCUUUCAAGGAGUUUUGAUCUUUUAUUUCCAUGUAAAGGGUAGUGUUAGAGGUUUUCAUCCUAAUUUUUCCAUUCUAUGGUGUCCUUGCUCUGAUUGCAGAAAUCAAAUUAUUGGUGACAAAAAAUGUUGGAUUGAUGACAGUACCACAGUUGCUUGCGUUAGUUUAUUUUUCUACCUUCUGUUGUCCCAGCAAAUGUCAUUGUAUAACAUUAUUGUUAAUUUUUGCUCAAUUUUGUAUAGUGAAAAUUUCUCACGUCUCA